GCAGACCACAGUCAGGGAAAAUCUGCCACCGAAUUAAGACGUGCGCGUUGCACCGCACCCCGUCCGCUAAUAUAUUCACAGAGGGUUGUAGUAUACGAAAAUUUACCCCCGCUCGGAUCGACCCGCGGAUCGGAUAAAACGAUCGAAACGAUUGACAGCGCGAAAAGUAGGAGUAAAAAAUUAUUUCAAAGCCAGCUCGAUCGAUGCCGGAAAUCUGACCGAAUUCGUUUGACGAAAGGAUUCCGGGGAAAGGCGAGAAAACCAAGGGAACAGAACAAUUCGAGAGAUUUUUCCAGCGACCGUCGGUCAAUUAUGACGAGGAGAAGAUUACGCGGUUGUGAAACGAAAGGGUGCACCGGUACCGCGAUAGACGAGAAAUGGUGAUGACUGUAGCGUCGUUAGUAUGAAAUUGGAAUAUUUGUUAUCAGUGAAGAAUACCGGAGAGUUUUCAAGUGCCGUAAGAUUAUACGAUGCUACACGCUAAUUGCUGCUUUCGACACGCCGAGUGCUCAACGGUAGACCGAGUGGUAAUCAUACGGUCAGACGAUACGAGGAUAGCUUUCCUUCGUCGAGGGGCAUAAUAGGGAAACAUGCGAUUCGGAUAAUCGCCGAUGAAUGAACGAUAAGCUAACGAUCGGUUAGUUUGUAUGCAAAGAGUUUCAGUGAAUCGAGCUUCAGCUCCGGGGACUAAUCAAACUUGAAUUAGUCUAAUCAAAGUUAAGACCAAGUGCUUUUAAAGUUCCCCCGUCCCAUUUCUCUCUCUAUUUCUAUCUCUAUUUCCGUAUAUUUCCCCCCCCCCCCCUCGCUCCGUCUCUUUAUCGUUCUCUGCCCCUCUCAUUCCCUCCUUCUGUUUCCCUCAUCCGCUUCAUCUCCCGUAACUUCCAGCGAAGCCUUUGGCCGCGCUGGAUUAAAACGGACGCACACCGCGGGGUAGAAAUGUCUUUGGGAUAAUUGUGUCGCGAGUUGUGUCUAUCACCCGGUGAAACUUGUGCCGUACAAACUCGCAAGGUGGUUUUUGUGGUGAACAAGGAUGUACCUGAAAAAAAUUUAUUACAAAAUGGAAGAACGAAGAUAUGGCUAAUCGAAAAUCUGAAGAAAAUAAGUGCGCGUGAAAAGGCUUCGAAAAUGGCACUGAGAUGGCAAACGAGACUGUCAUUAGCUGCCCUUCUCCUUAUGUGCACGGAAGAUACUCUGAGCAUGGGAGACCGUGGUACCGACACUUCGGAAAGACAUCCGAACCAGGCGAGACCUCGACAGCAGCUCCUGGACCUCUCGGGAUCCGGGGGGAAAGCGAAGGUCGAACCGACCUUCGACCUCAGUCAACCGACCAACGUGACGGCUCUCAUCGGCAAGACGGCCUAUCUCACGUGCAGAGUCCGAAAUCUCGCCGAUAAAACCGUGUCCUGGGUGAGACAUCGAGAUAUACACAUCCUCACCGCCGGAGCUUACACUUACACGAGCGACCAGCGGUUUCAGGCGUUGCCCGCCCAAAAUUCCGGGCAGAAUAGCGAAUGGUCGGAAUGGACGCUAUGCAUAAAAUGGGCACAGGAACGAGACCAAGGAAUCUACGAGUGCCAGAUAUCAACCGUUCCACUAAAGUCCCACCACUUUUAUCUCAACGUUGUCGUGCCGACGGCGACGAUACUCGGAGGUCCGGAGCUCUACGUGGGCGCGGGGAGCACCAUAAACUUGACCUGUGCGAUCCAUUUCAGUUCGGAACCACCGACUUACAUAUUUUGGUAUUACAAUCAGAGAACUCUGAGCUACGAUAGUCCCAGAGGCGGAGUAUCGGUGAUUACGGAGAAGGGGAAUGACGUCACCAAUUCCUGGCUGCUGAUUCAGGCCGCUCAGCCCUCGGAUUCGGGGGAGUACGGAUGCAAGCCGAGCAACGCGGACAUGGCUUCCGUCAGAGUUCACGUUCUCAACGGAGAACGGCCGGAGGCGAUGCAAACCGGAACAGCGGGACCUAUUCUGUCAUCGAGUUGUCUUUUGGUGUCUCUAAUUAUUUUGUACAUAUCCUCGAUGUAAAUGUCAGCAAUUAAUUAAAUAACAAACACUAUUGAACGGGGGGAGGGGGGCAAAAUGGGCCUCUUGAGAACAAAUGGCCCAUAUCUUGUUUUUUUUUUUUUUUUUUUUUUUUUUUAGCUCAAUUUACUUAUUUUCGGUCUCUUGCUACGUUUUUGAAAUUACUAUGACGCGUUAGUCGAAAAUCCAACAUCUUUAAGUUUCUGGCAAAACGGGCUCCCCGAAAAAAUUUCCAUGAUAUAAUUCUUUCAUUUCGUUUUACAUUUUUCAAGUCCAUUGCCACGUCGUUGGUGUCGAUUCGCUGAAUGUUCGGGGGCCCAUUUUGCCCCCCCCCCCCCCCCCUUCCACCCGUUCCCUGUAUGGAAACAAAGAAAAAAAAGAAAAAAAAAAAAAACACAAACACAAACCCUACUAAUUGAUAGCUUGUAAUCAGCGUCAAACUGCUGCUAAAUCCGAACGCUAAUACCAGAUUUGAUAUUUAUGCGUGUACGUGUGUGCAAAUUUACAUAUUGUACGUGUGCGUAUAUGCAGGUAUACGCACAAGUGGGUAUCGCAGAUUUACCGUUCGAUGUGACAAGAGUGAACGAAAAUGUACAACGUUAAUGUCAUCGCACACUCGCCCGUUUAGCCUCGAUCAACAACACGCGAUAAACAAUUAUUGAUAAUCGCUUGGUAUACGAUUCGGGACAUGUAUUCCCAAACAAAUUCCCCCCCUUCCCCCCCCCCCCCUCAUUUUUAAAUUCCCCCCAACACCUACAAUCGCUCAACGACACUUUUGACACAACAGCUUUGUUGGCGUGUAUACCUCUGUAGUUAUACCAUAAAGUUAGCUCGAACGUUACGUGUGUGUACGUUGUUAAUAAAAUUGUUUCGAAUCGCAAUCCUUACUGGUAAUGGCGUCGGGACGCAGCACGGAAUGUAUAUGUACAUAGUCUUGUACCAUAACGUAAUGAAUAACAAUUAUUAUCAUCAUUAUUUAUUAUCAUUAUCAUUAUUAUUGUGAUUAUUAUUAUCAUUCACGACACCGAUAUUUACCGUUACGUACGUACAUACAUACGUGGCAGUACGAAUGCUCUGAAGUCUGAACAUGUAUGGGGUUUGAGAGAAAGAGUAUAAAAUAAAAUUGAUAAAUAAAGUACAUGUAAAAUAAUUCACUUUUGAUGGAAUAUACGGGGUUUCAUUGAGGAAAAUAAAAGGAUGAAUACGACCGAUGGAUGGUAAAUUAUUAAAUGAUGAUUUGAAUAUCUUUGUUUCGUUAUAGAGCAUGAGGUGAGAAUAUAGUAAUAAUUUGAUAUUCCAUUACGGAGUAACUGAAUGGGUGGGUUCAGACUUUUUAGAUAAAAAUCUCUGUACGUUAAAUAGGCAAAAAUUAAUUGAAACUAUAUAUUGUAUCACACAAGGGCUGUUAUUAAUUUCUGUGUUGUACGAUUAAAAUUUUAAAAGAGAAGAAUAUAAUGAAGAUUAGACGAAAAAAAAAAAAAAAAAGUGAAGAAAAAUAAAUGAAUAAAUAAAUAAAAUUAAAAAAAAGAGAGAUGAGAAAUAAAGUUUUGAACAACAAAGAAAACAAUGUGAAUCGACGGUAUAUAUAUAUAUUAUAUGGAUAUUAUAAAUGUAGAUUUUAUCUAACAAAGAACAAAAAAAAAUAUAUACCUGUAUACAUAAUAUCUACCUACACUGCAGUCACACGUGAAGGUAGUUGGGUAUUGUAAAUAUGGCAAUUAUGAUGUUUACUAAAUAAAAAUGAGAAAAAUAUAAAA